AUGGCUUCAGAGUCACAUUUGUCAACACAGAUCAUCUCACAACCGGGUCAUCAACGCAUUACCGGAAAAUUCUAUAGGGGAUGGAAUCCGUCUGGUGUCGAUUCCAGAUGGAUUGGAAGCCGGGGAGAUAGAAAUGAUAUAGGGAAGCUAUGUGCAGCAAUGCCGAGUGAGGCCGGGAAGCUGGAGGAGCUCAUUGAAGAGAUCAACAGAGUGAAGAAGAUAAGCUUGACCUCUUUUGGCGAGCAACCGACAAGGAAAUUCAACAGGAUACUUCUGGCAAGAGACUCAGCAUGCUUGGAAUGGCUUGAUCAACAACAGCCUAACUCAGUCAUUUAUGUUGCAUUUGGCAGCUUCACAUUAUUACACAAUCCAAUUCCAAAGCUGGCACUAGGACUUGAACCUCCACAAGCCAUUCCUGUGGGUUGUUGGCCAACAUUACUGAUGGUGCCAAUGAAGCCUUCCCAGAUGGGUUUGAAGAAAGGUAGCCAACCGUGGGAAAAUGGUGGGUUGGGCGCCGCACAGAAGGUUUUAAGUCACCCUUCCAUUGCCUGCUUCGUUAGCCAUUGCGGUUGGAAUUCAACCUGGAAGGUUUAA